CCACCAGUCUGGGGAGGUUUGGAAACAGGUAGAGUGGCCCAGAGAGGGGAGACUGGAGAGAGUAAACCCUUGGGAAAGUUAUUUUUGGCUGAAUCUUGGUGUUUUGGAGGUUUUUGUGUGUACCUGGCACCUGGUGGCUUGGGCAGGAUUAAUGCACAACUCCAUGCACUCAUUCUUAGUUUUCCCCCCAAAGCAGGAUUUCCUAUUCCCAAACAUUGGCUGGAUGGACGAGGACGCUGCAAAGAAGGGGAAGACAUCCCAGGACCCCCAGGCAGACAAAGAGCCAAGGAUGGAGACCAAGGAGGACCAAUACCCCCAGCAGAACCUCGUGGAAGGGGCCAUUCUAAGCGGCUCCACAUCACAGGAAUCCAAUGGGGAGGAAACACCACGGACAUCGCACAAAAAGAGGGGCCCCAAACCCAGCCCAGAGUGCUCUGAGGGGAAAAGACCCACCCAGUGCCCGGGAGGCACCCAGAGCUUCAGCCGGGGCUUGGAGCUGGUGGUCCAUGAGCAGCUUCAUGCUGGGGAGAAGCCCUACAAGUGCUUGGAGUGUGGGAAGAGCUUCAGCAAGAGCAACAGCCUGCUCCGUCACCGGCUGAUCCACACUGGGGAAUGGCCCUACGAGUGUGUGGAAUGUGGGAAGGGCUUCAGCUGGAACUCUGAACUGAUCCGCCACCAGCACAUCCACACUGGGGAGAGGCCCUAUGAGUGUCCCGAAUGUGACAAGAGGUUUUCAAGGAACUCCCAACUCCUCAUCCAUCAGCGGAUUAACUCAGAGGAGACGACAUUCUGCUGCCCCGACUGCAGGAAGGGCUUCAAGCAAAACGUUGACCUCGUCAUCCACCGGCGGAUCCACACUGGAGAAAGGCCCUACAGAUGCUUGGAAUGUGAAUCUCCGGCUUACCCGGAGAUCUGUGCUGAACCGUCACCAGCGGAUCCACACGGGAGAGAGGCCCUAUGAGUGUCUUGAGUGUGGGAAGAGGUUUCCGACCAGCUCAGAUCUUCUCAAACACCAGCGGAUUCACACGGAUGAGAGGCCCUUCCGCUGCCCUGACUGUGGGAAGGGCUUCAAGCGAAACUCCCACCUCAUCACUCACCAGCGCAUCCACACUGGGGAGAGACCCUACGAGUGUUCCCAGUGUGGGAAGAGCUUCUCAGACUGCUCUACCUUGGCCCAACACCUACAGAGGCACCAGUAAGGGAAGCCCUGUGAGUGCUCCGAGUUUGGGAAGAGCUCUGUGCGCUGCUCCAACUUCGUGCCCCAUCAGAGGGCCCACGUUGGGCAGAGACCUGGUGACCCACAUUCCUGGUGAUCCCCGUUGGGAUGACACCUGGCUGGUGGUCUCCACAUCCUCCUGGAUCCCUGUAAGCACCUGCAUGAGC